GUCAAUCCCUCUGGUUGUUCACGCUGUCGUCAUCAUCAUCAGUGCCCCGGUCUGCGUUGUUUUUUAACGGUACGUCUGUUUAUGUUUGUUUCGCCAGAUGUGUCCGGUGUAGCUGAAGCUUAACGGGGAGCCGCUCGGUGUUCUCCGUCCCGAGAGGGAUUCACCUUCAGGCUGCUGCCGUUGAGCGAGAUGUACGAAGAAAAAAGGCGCUCGAGUGGUUUAAAUUCGGGGUCACUCAAAGGGGGCCAACCGACAGAACGCCGAGGAACAGCAGCUCGCGCUCGUUAAGUUGUGUCCACAUGUCGCGUUAACGGGAGGGAAACCCCCGUUUAGUCCUCCGGUGUGCUUCGGCUUCGGUUCCCAGGACGCCGCCUCCUCCUCAGACGCUCCUCCUGGCGUUGACACUGAUGUCGCCACUGUCACCUGGUCACAAGGAACCUGGCCCGAGAUGCAAGGAGGCGUCUUCUUGUCAAUGUGUAACUCUCUGAGCGGACAGACGCGGUGCUGAGUCACGGAGGUGACCCGAGACCUGCUGUGGUCCUGGAGCUCUGAAGACCUGUAUCUGACUGCUGUGGUCCUGGAGCUCUGAAGACCUGUAUCUGACUGCUGUGGUCCUGGAGCUCUGAAGACCUGUAUCUGACUGCUGUGGUCCUGGAGCUCUGAAGACCUGUAUCUGACUGCUGCUGCUUUAUUGCGUUGGUUUGAGCGCUGUCGACGUAGCCGCUGAGGGCGCGUGCUUUAAGUCUGUUAUCUCCCACGAGCCACGAUGUCGGACACGGAGAGGUCUCUGCCAGCCCUCAAGAAACUCAGCUAUGCGGUGGGCCACUUUCUGAACGACCUGUGUGCCUCCAUGUGGUUCACUUACCUCCUGGUGUUCUACCACUCAGUCCUGGGAUUCAAAAACACGUAUGCAGGUGUGUUGCUGCUGGUUGGCCAGAUAGCUGAUGGCAUCUGUACGCCUCUCAUUGGCUACGAGUCAGACCGAACCCCUGGCUGUGGCAACUAUGGCAAGAGGAAGACCUGGCAUUUAGUUGGUACACUGAGCGUGCUGCUGUCAUUCGCCUUCAUCUUCAACCAGUGCCUAGGCUGUGGCUCCCUCACCCCUCAGUGGGCCAGUCUGACCUACUUCAUCCCGUUCAUCAUGGUGUUUCAGUUCGGCUGGGCCGCCACUCAGAUCUCCCACCUGGCUCUCAUUCCAGAGCUUGUCACCUGUGAGCACGCUAAAGUAGAGCUCACUGCAUACAGGUAUGCAUUCACAGUGAUAGCCAACAUCACAGUGUAUGCAGUGGCUUACCUGCUGUUCCACAUCCAGGCCGGUCAGGAUGACGACCCGCUCAGUGAGGAGCUCGGGCCACAAGAUAUCAACGUCUUCCGGAAUCUGGCGCUGAUUGUGCUGGCCAUCGGCGCUCUCUUCUCCCUCCUCUUCCACCUGGGAAUCAAAGAGAGGAGGCCCGGAGCAGACGGGGAGGCUGGAGAAGAGCAGGGGAGGAAGAGGAUGGAAGACGAAGAUGAAGAGGCAGAUGAGGGGGAGGGGGUACCGGGGGGGCUCCAAUAUAAGACCUCCCCUUGUGUUCUUCUGCAGUGGAAAUGUUGGCUGCAGCAGCCUUCUUUCUACCAGGUGGCCUUGCUCUACAUGUCCACCAGGUUAAUGGUCAACCUGUCUCAGACGUACAUCUCCAUGUAUCUCAUCAACACUCUGGGGCUGCCCAAGAAGUUCAUCGCCACGAUCCCAUUAGUGAUGUACCUGAGUGGCUUCCUGUCCUCCUUCAUCGUGAAGCCCGUCAGUAAACUCAUUGGUAAAUGUCUCACCUACUUUGUGGGCCUGCUUCUGAUCAUGGCCUUCUCCUACUGGGUGCUUCUGGAUGACAAGAUGGGUGAGCGGGUGUACGGGGCGGCUGUGCUGCUGGGGGCGGGGUCAGCCACCAUCCUGGUCAUAUCGCUAGCCAUGACCGCCGAGCUCAUCGGCGGCCAGACGCAAAGUGCAGCGUUUGUCUAUGGAGCCAUGAGCUUCACUGAUAAGGUGGCUAAUGGAGCGGCCGUGAUGAUCAUUCAGGCUCUGCAUCCUUGCCAUACCGUGGCGUGCUGUCCAGCCUGCGUGUGGUUCUAUCAUUACAUCAUGGUCAUAGCAACGGGAGGCGUGGCAGUCGUCGCAGCUUUGGCGCUCUGCUCCAUACUCAUCUGGCCAAUCAGGAUCAGACCACGUGGUCAGCUACUCAUCUCUGAAGAUGAAUCCACAGUCAACUAACAGCCCCUCCCCCACCUUUUCCCUACAACUGACCCCGUCCCAUCAGCACACCAGGAAGCAGGACCCUGGAGAGGCCUCAGCUGGACAGGAAGAGUCCUGUCUGACUGCUCGACUGGUGCACUGGCUGCGGCACAUAUAGCCCUCUGAUAAUAUCACAUGGUACACGGGGGGUCCACAGGAGCUGAGAAGGGACAUUUUAGUUCUAGCCAUGUUCAACAUGGGUCCGGUUUUCCCAUCAUUUCCCCAAAAAUCUUUUGAUCUCAGUCUGUUAAUAAAUAAAAUUAUCUGGUUAAUUUAUCUCCUGCCGUUGAAGAUACGGCCCAAACGUUCUCAGCUGGUGCGGACGGUCUUCUGAUACUAUCCCAUCGUUCUGUUUUAUGUCCUAAUAUUGUGUCGACGUGUUCCCUCACACAGUGAGCGUGAACACGCUGUGAGGUCGGUUCAACCGUACAGAACUCUGGAAGAUGAGGAGCACCUUGCUCCUCAUCUUCUCUUCAUCGCGACUCGCUCACACGGCACUGAGCUUCAGAGGAAAGGGAGCUGCUGUUCCUACGCACAUCGUGACCAGGAAAAGGAUGAUGAAAGGAACCAGAUGCAUUAUGGGGUGCAGUCGAGCUUCAUUAACGACUCAACAAAACCACUACUUUUAAACAGGCACUGGAAACUGACCGGCGUGGUGAGGGAGUCAAAGCUGCAACGCACUGAAACAGGAAGUCAGAAGAGCUUCACUUGAAUGGACACACACACACACACACACACACGUCUCAGCUGAUUGAGAGGCUGUGUGACAUCAUUCACUGGAGAGCCUGCGAAGACGACCUUCAGUGGUCAAUCUGCUGCUGGGGGUCUACUGGGAUCCAGUAGGCGUACUGGGACACGUCGUUGUGGAUCAGCUGGGUUAGCGCUGGUAUUUGGGGGCGUUUCCUUCAUGGAACUAAUCAUUCUUGUGAUAUUUCAGUUCUUUUUCAUUUUUCAUGUUUUACCUCUUCAUGAUCACAGACCAAAUGUAAUAUGGUGUCAAAGAAUAUUUUUACAAUCAAAAGAAACUUGAAUAGCAGAAUUGUAUUUUAUAUAAAAUGACUUUAAAAGGGAUCAGCUCUAAAUUAUGUGUAUUAAUAUGAUGUAAUGUGUGAAUACCAAUAUGAGGGAAUUAUACUGGUACAUUAACAGAACCUGUCGGACCAAUGCGUGAUAAUCUGUCUGAUACUUGAUGUUUUUAUUUCCUUGUUAUGUCUUGUGACUUCUGAUUGUUGCUGUUUUGUUAAGACGCUCAUUAAACACAUACCAUGA